AUGCCAGACAAGGCAUAUAUUUUGAAGUUAUAUGAUACCAUUGACAAUAGCAUAAACUUGUAUUUCGCCAGUCAUACGGCGAAUCCUCCUUUAGAGGUAAUAUUAGACUCUUGUACCAACUUGUUGAAAAAAAAAGUGACUGUUGAUGACUUCCUUAAGCUAAUGGCAGUAGAUGAAAAAGCCUUUAAUCUUACGAGACCAGGGAAGACUGGAUCUAUUCGCAUAUCUAAGGCUACGCUACAAAGAGGUCAAUUCCUUGCAAGAUUGGAACAGAGCAACUUGACUGCCGUGCCUGUUUUAGCAGAAUUAGUGAAAGUUACAUCUGGAAAGCUGACGAAACUACCCAAGACCAAAAUUAUAAAGAACGAUAGCUCUAAGUUUAAGUUUAAACCUAAAGACGAACGAUUGCAGCAAGCCAAUCAAAAAGGGCUAACGCUUCUUGAUAGAAUUAAGUUGAAAGAGAUGCUUAAGAGAGAAGCUCAAGACGAAGAAGAACCAGAGACAAAGCACAAUAAUUUUUUGAAGAGCAAAUUAAGAUCAGUUUACGACAUCAUAUAUCAGACUCAUAUUCAGCAGAAGCGAAAAGCGUAUUCAAUUACAUCACUUAGCGAAACAAUUGGUGAUAGUCUAUCAAAUCCAAUCAGCCAAGAAGAUAUUUUAGAUAUUUUGAGAAUAAUAGAAACCCGAUUAACCAGUGUUUCUUUGGUGAAAAUAAGCAGUGACUUUGUAUUAAAAAUCAGUAAGCUAGAUAGAGAAAGUGAUUUGCUUAAGUUAAACUAA